UUGAAAGUGAGUCGACUCAGUUCACUUUCACACGCCUCUCGCUCAAACUCUUCAAAACUCCUCCCUUUUUGCUUCUCGCUCUUCAUUCUAGGGUUUUUAGCAUCUUCUCUCUCCUCCUCCAAAUCAGUUCUUUCACUUUCUUCUCUUGAGAAUCUUCAAUGAGCAACUUAAAUUUGUCCGAUCUCGGCGAUGCUCUUAACGAGGAUGCUCGAGCUGAUCUCGUUAACGCUCUCAAGAAUAAACUUCAGAAUCUUUCUCGAGAGCACACCGAUAUACUAGAGCGCCUGUCGCCGAAUGUCAAGAAGCGUGUGGAAGUUCUCAGGGAGAUCCAGGGUCAGCAUGAUGAGUUAGAGGCUAAGUUUUUCGAGGAGAGGGCAGCACUUGAAGCUAAAUACCAGAAACUAUAUCAACCCUUAUAUGCCAAGCGAUACGAUAUUGUGAAUGGUGUUGGUGAAGCUGAAGCAACUUCAAAUGAAUCUGCCAUGGACCAAGGAGAGGAAAAAAAUGCUGAAGAGAAAGGAGUACCUGAUUUUUGGCUUAUUGCAAUGAAAAAUAAUGAUGUGCUUUCUGAAGAGAUCACUGAGCACGAUGAAGGAGCUCUCAAAUAUCUCAAAGAUAUUAAGUGGUAUAGGAUAGAGGAUCCUAAAGGAUUCAAGCUGGAUUUUUACUUCAACACAAAUCCUUAUUUCAAGAAUACUGUGUUGACAAAGACCUAUCACAUGAUUGAUGAAGAUGAACCAAUUCUUGAGAAAGCUAUUGGGACUGAGAUUGAAUGGUAUCCAGGAAAAUGCUUAACACAAAAACUCCUUAAAAAGAAGCCUAAGAAGGGAUCAAAGAAUGCCAAGCAAAUUACUAAAACUGAAGAUUGUGAAAGUUUCUUCAACUUCUUCAAUCCUCCUCAAUUACCGGAUGAUGAUGAAGAUAUUGAUGAAGAUACUGCUGAGGAGCUACAAAAUCUAAUGGAACAGGAUUAUGACAUAGGCUCAACGAUUCGAGACAAGAUUAUUCCACAUGCUGUGUCAUGGUUCACAGGAGAAGCUAUGGAGGGAGAUGAGCUUGAGUUAGAAGAUGAUGAUGAUGAUGAAGAAGAUGAUGACGAAAUUGAUGAGGAUGAUGACGAUGAGGAGGAUGAGGAUGAGGAUGAUGACGAUGAGGAGGAUGAGGAAGAAGAAACUAAGCCUAAAAAGAAGUCCUCAUCUUCACGGAAGAAGAAUGGAAGAGAACAAGGGGAUGGGCAGCAACAAGGUGAGAGGCCUCCAGAAUGCAAGCAGCAGUAGAUUUUAAUUGCUGGAGUGCAUAUAUGUGUGGCGGUGUUAAGCCCCCUCGGAAGGGGGCAUUGGAGCUUGCAUUUUUGUUGGUUUUUUAUUUUUACAUUUUUUUCAUGUCCUACCAUGAAUGAUUGGUUUGGGGAAU